CGGCGCCGCGGCGGGCUGCUGAGCGCGGCGAGCGGGAACGCAGGGUCGGGGUCGAGGGGCGAGCAGGAGUGCGGCGACGCGUCGGGGGCCGGGGCGCCAUGGGGCAGGCGGGCUCGGGCUGUGCGGGGCUCCCGCGGCGCCGCGGCUAGCGCGCCUGCCGCCUCGGUCGCCUCAGCCGCCCGCGCCGCCCGCCUGGGGGACGAGGAGCAGGACGCGGCCUCGGCCGGGCCCGGGCCGAACGGCUGCGGACACCCGGGCGCCGGGGAGCCGAGCACCGCUCCCGCCGCCUCCGGGAUGGAUCAGUGCGUGACGGUGGAGCGCGAGCUGGAGAAGGUGCUGCACAAGUUCUCGGGCUACGGGCAGCUGUGCGAGCGCGGCCUGGAGGAGCUCAUCGACUACACGGGCGGCCUCAAGCACGAGAUCCUGCAGAGCCACGGCCAAGAUGCUGAAUUAUCAGGGACACUUUCACUUGUUUUGACACAGUGCUGUAAAAGAAUAAAGGAUACUGUUCAGAAAUUGGCCUCAGACCACAAAGACAUCCACAGCAGUGUUUCUCGGGUUGGAAAAGCCAUUGAUAAGAAUUUUGACUCUGACAUUAGCAGUGUGGGAAUAGAUGGCUGCUGGCAAGCGGACAGUCAGAGGCUUCUCAAUGAGGUGAUGGUGGAGCACUUCUUCCGACAAGGAAUGCUGGAUGUAGCUGAGGAGCUCUGCCAGGAAUCUGGUCUUUCUGUAGACCCAAGUCAGAAGGAACCGUUUGUGGAGUUAAAUCGAAUAUUAGAAGCAUUAAAAGUCAGGGUUCUGAGACCAGCUCUGGAGUGGGCAGUGUCAAACCGAGAGAUGCUCAUAGCCCAAAACAGCUCCUUGGAAUUUAAGCUACACAGACUGUAUUUUAUUAGCUUGUUGAUGGGUGGAACUACAAAUCAGCGAGAGGCAUUACAAUAUGCUAAAAAUUUUCAGCCAUUUGCCCUAAAUCAUCAGAAAGACAUUCAGGUUUUGAUGGGAAGCCUUGUGUACCUGAGACAAGGGAUUGAGAACUCACCAUAUGUUCACCUACUUGAUGCAAACCAGUGGGCUGACAUCUGUGACAUCUUUACACGGGAUGCCUGUGCCCUCCUGGGGCUCUCCGUGGAGUCCCCUCUCAGUGUCAGUUUCUCAGCAGGUUGUGUGGCGCUGCCGGCUUUAAUCAAUAUCAAAGCUGUGAUUGAACAGAGGCAGUGCACUGGAGUUUGGAACCAGAAAGAUGAAUUACCCAUUGAAGUGGACCUUGGUAAGAAGUGCUGGUAUCACUCUAUAUUUGCCUGUCCUAUUCUUCGUCAGCAAACGACAGAUAACAAUCCACCCAUGAAAUUGGUCUGUGGUCAUAUUAUAUCAAGAGAUGCCCUGAACAAAAUGUUUAAUGGUAGCAAAUUAAAAUGUCCGUAUUGUCCAAUGGAACAAAGUCCAGGAGAUGCCAAACAGAUAUUUUUCUGAAGAAAUAACUUUAGUUUGCAAUUUGAAGAAAGCUGUGGUAGAUUCCAAAUUUGCUUUUUGAUGUUUUCCUCUGCUCCAGCUCUCACUGAGGAGUCAGCAGACUUGCGUUUGAGCUCUGCUUGUAGCCCCAGCGGGCUGCCUGUUUAAAAUUCCAUCAUGAAUUUAGCAGGUUGGUGUGAGAAGUUUCCGCCAGAAGAGAGUGGAAGGAGUUCUAUUGUUUCUUUGCUUUUAUUGCCAAGAGGUGCUUAUUUUAAAAGUGUGUUCAAUAAAAUGAAAUUCUGAAGUUAGAAGUGUUCUUAAGUUGCUAUUUGCUCUCUUGGUCUUGGUAGCCCUAUUCUCUGAAAUCUGCCUUCAGGACUUGGCUGUCUAUUGCAUUUGUAUAUCAUUGCAGACACAGUGUUGUGUGUGUGUAUAUAUAUGUGCACCAGCAUCAAACAUUGUGUAUCUGGAAGGGAAAAAGCAUGUUCCAGUCCUAAAGUGCAGUUACCAGACUCAUUACUUUAAAUCUUUGAAGUUAGAAGCUAGCAAAUUUUCUGUAGUGCAGAAUAUGUUUAUUGCUGUUUUUUGUAUUUGAAUAGUAUACUGUUCAAUGCCUCUCUUCUGCAAAGUGUAUCAUCUCAUUGACUGUGAAUCUGUAUAUUAUUCUAAUGGAUACAGAUGAUGAUCUUUUCUCUUGUGAGGUAUCUUCGUUUAAUGCACUGUCCAGAAAUAGCCAUUUGUAAGAGUCUUUCUCUGUGUGAGGAAGUAUAUGGAAAAGACUUCUGUGGACAUAAUUCUGACGUAAACCCAUUAAGUUACUUCAUUGUGAGAAGAAUGUUAUAUGGAGAUCACCAAAUAUUUUGCAACUUUAUUUCAUCUGACAUGGAACUGAAUAUAAAUGUAGGAAAACUACCAUGAGAAAAUGAAAAAAGAAGAAAACACAGAAGCAGAGAGAAACGUGACACUUCAGAUUUUUAAACUACAGAUUGACCUAGUUUGAGGGGGAGGGAGAGAACAGAUUUGGUGCUAAGUUAAUUGGAAACUGACUGCAUUUGCAGUAGAAUACCAGCCUGGACGGUUUAUCCUGAAAUGUUUACCCGGGACAGCUGGGAUUUGCGUGUAAAGGAAAGGAGUACUGUGGAAAAGCCCUGCUCGAUUGCUGUGUGUGGUCAGGCUUAUGUUGAGGGCUACUGUGUGCUGUGUGGGUUAGCCGGGAGUCGGGAUUGACCUGCCCAGAGUGCUCGCUUUGUCCAACCUCAGUCUUGGCCUCACAGCAACUUCUGCCCCAUGUUUCUGCUUUCCUGUUGGAACCCUCUUCCCACUAAGGCAGUGAAGGAAGAGAGCAGAGAAAAGCUCCUUGGUCUUCAAAAGAGAAGGUAAAGAUCCCAGGCAGUACUCUGGCCGAGGAUGUAAAGCUGGUUUAUUAUAUAUUUUUUCCUUGAAUUAAAACCCAGAGUGUCAUCUUUUUGUACCUUUUUCUCACUAAGCCAGAUUUAGCUUUAUUCACACCUUACUCUCACCUUUUCACCUCAAACACCUACACAACAUUUUGGCUUCACGUGAGGUUUGAACAAUACAGACAUUGCUGUAGAGGCUGGUAGUUAAUAUUUUUGGUGGCCAGACGCUUCACAUAGUUGGCUCAGGCCACUUUCAAGGACAAAAGCCAGUGCUCUGCUUUGUCCCUCUCCCAGUGUUGGAAUCCUGUUGACAGUUUUCUGUGCAGCCCUGAAACUUUAAACAGAACUUGCUUUAACUGAAGCAUGUGAUUGUACAGCUUCCUGUGCAAGGUCCUUGCAGUCCCACUGGGCAAGAUUAGGGCCAAAAAUUUUGCAACUCUUGAUCUGACACUUUCACAAAUGUGAAAACUAGUGACCUUCUUUAAACGCAUGGACUUAAAAAUCAUUGGUAACUAAAUGUGAAGGAGAGGUGGAUUUGAAGAGGCCAGACCUCAACCAAAGAUGCUACAUACAACAUGCUGUCCAUCCUACUCUAGAAACACCUUCACCAGUGGUGUCAGGCCCGUGUCAUCGCUGAGGCUGUGUAUGUCAGCAGUGUAGAAGGAUGCUCCCCAUCGCGGUUUCCACUUGCAAGAGGUCAUGAUAGAGCCAAGGUUUUUUCAGUCAGACUAAUUAUCAUAUUGAAAACAGAAUUUCAGAAUGGUUUCUUAAAUUUCUUUAGGAACCAUUUCCAUUUAUCAGUUGUGGACAAAGGCCAUGGGACUAUGCUAGACCAAUAAAACCUUAUUGUUAGAUCCUUAGAUUCUUAUUAGCUAGAGUAUCUGUGCUUUCAAGUACAAUCUGAAGAACAGUGGCUAAGGAUGUCUUGAUAUUUUUUCUCCUUUGUGAAUGAAUCUGUGAUCAUCACAGAUGCCAUUUCUGUUGUUUUAGUGGUGAUUAUCUGAGACUUCUAAUAAAUAAAUGAACGGGUAUUGGUGCCUCUUGAUUUUAAAAAUUUUGAAAAGAGCCACCGCAUAUUCAUAGGGUGUGUGAGUAUUUUGUGAGUGUAUGAGCAUUUAAUUGAAAAUAAGAAAGUUAUGAAGUAAAUUUUUUGUUUUGAUGUUUUUCAGUAGCAGCUGAUGUAUACAGUGACACUAAAACCCACACCAAAUUGUGUGGGGAACGAGGAUCCUUCUUUCUCUCCAGGUGUCCCACAGGUCAUGCAGUUGAACUUCAGUAAUCCCUGUGCUGUGAGUUAUUGCCACCUCAGUGGUUUCAGCCUUUGGUAUAGUAAAUACUGCGGAAACCAAGAACUCUUGGUUAUCCGCACAAGACAGGCUGCUGGUAGACAUUAGUCCUCUAGCUUUCCAACUCAACCUCUGAUUAAGUGGACUGAUAGUCAAGCUGGUCAGUCUGCUUAGUCAGCAGACUCAGGUUAUUUUCAGGGAAGGCACGGAGGCAUGGUUUGAUUAAUUUCAUCACUGGGAUGUGUAAGAUGAAGACACAAACCAAAUACCUUUCAUUACUUAACUCUGUACAUUAUCUUUGGUAACACUAGAAUGCUGUGGUCUUGAGGGAACAUUAGCAAGGAAUACGUAGGUUUGGCGCUUCCUAAGCCUGUCCAGCUGUGGCGGGAUUUACGUGGUACCAUAGUGUUUACCAUAAGCAGGUACAUGAACUGUCUUGUUGAACUAUAAUUGAAUAGAUACCAAAAAUAGAAUGACAAAUGUAUUUUAAUAGCAGAUGAGGCAAUUAGUUUUAGGAUGAGUUUUCCACUGUUGAUUUUACUUUAAGACAUAGGGAGAGAAAACAAAGUUCUGUUUUCCAAACAUUUCCCUCUACAGUUUUAGACUGCAGUGGGCAUAUGCUUCAUUUACUUCCAAAGAGGCAAAAGCAGCUGGUUUUGGCUCAUAGCACAUGCUUUGUUUCGUGUCGUGGAUGAAGACCUACACUCUUACGUUAGCAGUCGCUUAACAUUCUCCAGCAAGGCACAUGUGGGCUUCCCUAGGAUUUAGUGCCUGAUCUUUUCUUUUGGGAAGGGGUGGGAGUGAAUGGAUUGGGGAUGGGAGGGAAGCGGGGGAAGAAAAUGGGAGCGUGAGUGAGUGUGCAUGUGUGUGAAAUUCACCAUUACCCCACCUGUGUCUAGCAAGGAACAGAGACUUAAAUGUCUUUUGCUCAUGACUGCAGUAUGCAUGUAUUUUUUUUCUCCUCCAUGUUUUCUAAACUUACACUAAAAGGACUCAUCAAAUCAUCUUGUUCAGAUGGCUCAGGAUUGUAUUUCUUUUGCUUACCCUGUGCUCUUGGGUUCUAUAGUAUUUCUAUAAUUAUGUAACAAGAAUAGUGUUGCACUGUAAUCUAUCAUAGAGCUAUAUGUAUGGAAAAUUUUGAUCAGUUUUUUAAGAAAUGUAUCCUGUUUGCAAAGGCACAAUAAAGUUGCAUCUUAUAGACUAUAGGCAAUAAAGCUAACAAUAAACCUUAUUUAACACAAACCAUA